AAGCGUUUGGGGUGCUCUGUGAGAAGCCGGGCCUCCCGAGCUCAGUGGGCCAUGGCAGGCAAUGCCGGAGCAGAAUUCAACUAUCUGGAGUUCUUCAAGGAAGAGAUCAGAAACGAGAAUGCAACCAUCAAGAUCGGUGCAGUGAACAACUUGCACCUCAUUGCCUCGGCACUAGGCCCGCAGAGGACAGUCAACGAGCUCAUCCCGUACGUGGUACAGGUUGUGCAGGAGGAGCCGCUGUGCAAUGACGAUGAGUUCCUGUACUCCAUGGCAAGGCAGUAUGCAGUCCUUUCUGAUUACAUCAAUGGCCACGAUGAGUUGCUCAUUGCUCCUUUGGAGCACCUCGCAGCGCAGGAAGAGACAGUGAUCCGUGACCAGGCAAUUCAAUCUCUCUGCAAGGUGAUCGAGAAGAGGCCGGCGCUGGCGACAGACCACUUGGUGCCUACGCUCCACCGCCUCGCCACUAAGACGGACUUCUUCACAGCACGUGUGUCCGCCUGUGCCUUGUUACCCUUGGCCUAUCGCCACGUCAAGGAGGAUCAGAAAGCUGGCCUUCGGAAGGCCUUCACAAUGCUCUGCGCUGACGAGACGCCAAUGGUGCGUCGAGCCGCAGCCCACAGGAUGCGUGACUUCGUGUCUGUCUGCGCCAAGCAGGACUUGCUGACAGACCUCAUCGGAGUUUACAAGCAGCUGUCACAGGAAGACACACAGGACACCAUACGUGUGGCCUGCGUCCAUGCCACCCUCGUCAUUGCCAAGAUGCUGAAUGCAGACGAGAACCGACAGCACACGGUGUCAGUCAUCAAGGAGGCUGCCGAGGAUCGAUCUUGGCGAGUCAGGCUGACGGUGGCCAAAAACUUCGAUCAGCUUUGCCAAGCCUUUGGGCCAGAACUGACUGCACAGAAGCUGAUGCAGCCAUUCAUCCAGCUGAUGAAGGACAAUGAGCAGGAGGUGCGAAAGGAAGCCGUGCGGGUGAUCGAGGCAUGCCUCAACCUGCCUGAACCGCUUACCAGCGAACAGCUGCAGCAGCACAUCCUGCCCCAGUUCCAGGCGCUCGGUCUGGACUCCGCGCAGUCCGUGCGCGCUGCGCUUGCGCAAGUCCUGGGCCCUGUAGCCAGGGCGCUGGGCCGCGAUGUUACCCAGCGACAGCUGCUGAGCCUUAUCUCAGACCUCAUGAAGGAUGAGUUCCAUGACGUGCGGCUCAACAUUGUUUCACACGCCGGGCUCGUUUGCGAAGUUUUGAGUGUGGAUGGCAUGGUCCAUUCCCUGCUGAAUACGGUGCAGAACCUCAUCAUGGACAAUCACUGGCGCAUCCGUCAGAGCGUGGUCGAGCAGGUGCCGAAGCUGUCGCGGCUCUUUGGAAUGGAGAUGUUUCAGUCCAAGCUGGAGACCAUCUUCCUCUCCAGCUUGCGCGACUCGGUGCACUCCGUGCGCCAGGCGGCAAUUCAGCACCUCAAAGAGAUCGCGGACACCUUUGGAUCCCAGUGGACCGUGGAGCACCUUCUGCCGAAGCUGGUGGAGCAAUACUCGGGUAGCGUUGGCUAUGCCAACCGUGUCACAACGCUCCACGUGCUUCCGCAGGUCUCCGGAGUCAUGACGUCUGACCAGUUGGGGCAAUACAUUGUGCCGCUGCUCAUCAAAGCAACCAAGGACAGCGUGCCCAACGUGCGCUUCUGCGCAUGCCGAACCAUCAUGUGGAUGAUGGAGCACCACAACUUGGGUGCUUCGACCAUCAACACAUCCAUCAAGCCCUGCCUAACAGAGCUGGAGCAUGAUCCAGACAUUGAUGUCCAGUACUACGCCUCAAGAGCUUUGAUGCUUUGUUGAUCUCUUCCUGUCCGUCCUUUUGGAUGAGUCUGGAAGGUGCUCAACAGUCUGCCAGACAUGCGCUGUACCACUGGGAGAAAAGGGGAACGCAGCGCUUUGCCAGCUCUUGCAACCAAACAAACAAUGUCAGGCGUACAGUCCCACCACACCAGAGCAAUG